CUGGGUUCUCUCGUCUCACAGGCUAUGACUUUGCGGCUGUGCUGGAGUGGUUCGCCGAGCGUGUGGACCGCAUCAUCCUGCUGUUCGACGCCCACAAGCUGGACAUCUCGGACGAGUUCUCGGAGGUCAUCCGGGCGCUGAAGAACCACGAGGACAAGAUGCGCGUGGUGCUCAACAAGGCCGACCAGAUCGGCACGCAGCAGCUGAUGCGCGUCUACGGCGCCCUCAUGUGGUCGCUGGGCAAGAUCAUCAACACGCCCGAGGUGGUGCGCGUCUACAUCGGCUCCUUCUGGGCGCACCCGCUGCUCGUGGCGGACAACCGCAAGCUGUUCGAGGCCGAGGAGCAGGACCUGUUCGGCGACAUCCAGAGUCUGCCGCGCAACGCCGCCCUGCGCAAGCUCAACGACCUCAUCAAGCGAGCACGCUUGGCUAAGGUGCAUGCUUAUAUAAUCAUCUCCUUGAAGAAGGAAAUGCCAAGUGUGUUUGGGAAGGACUCCAAGAAGAAGGAGCUGAUUGCCAACCUGCAGGAGAUCUACACCGCCAUUGAAAGGGAACAUCAGAUUUCACCUGGAGACUUUCCUAAAAUUAAGAAGAUGCAGGAGAUCCUCCUCAAUCAGGACUUCAACAAGUUCCCCUCCGUGAAGCCCAAGCUGCUGGAGGCCGUGGAGGACAUGCUGGCCAAUGACAUCGCCCGACUGAUGAGCCUGGUGCAACAGGAGGAGGCCGCCAUGCCCACCCAGACGGUGAAGGGCGGCGCCUUCGAGGGCACCAGGAACGGCCCGUUCCACCAUGGCUACGGGGAGGGCGCGGGCGAGGGCAUCGACGACCUCGAGUGGAUCGUGACGCGAGACAAGCCCACGUACGACGAGAUCUUCUUCACGCUCUCGCCCGUCAGCGGCAAGGUGUCUGGUGCCAUGGCCAAAAAAGAGAUGGUCAAGUCCAAGCUGCCCAACACCGUGCUCGGAAAGAUCUGGAAGCUGGCAGACGUGGACAAGGACGGUUUCCUUGACGACGAAGAGUUUGCGCUGGCCAAUCACCUGAUUAAGGUGAAGCUGGAGGGCCACGAGCUGCCCGCCGAGCUGCCCAAACACCUGGUGCCCCCCUCCAAAAGAGGGCAGGAGGCCGACGGAGAGUAAGACUGAGAGGGAGAGGAGACUGAGGAGGCAGAAGACUGUGUGGAGGAGGUGAACUUGUCUGCAGUGUGGGUUUAAACCAAAACAAAACAAAACACAAAAGGUCAAAUGUGCCAGUGAGAGACUUCGCGUUCGGAGGACGCAUUCCUCCGAGGGUUUUGGUACAAAAACAAUGUGAACUUUGAACUUGCGUUUAGGGGUACGUUUGGGUGGUACUGCAAGUGACAACUUCUCUCUCGUGAGAGAGCUGUUAAACCUCAUGCAUUUGAAGAGAAGAUGGAGUUCUCAUAAGAGUGCUAAAUGUGAUUAAUAUAUACAUAUAUAUAUAUAUAUACAUUAUAUGUUGCUUUAAAAAGUCACCACAGAGUUAUUGUGUCUAACUUAUUUUUUUUUUCUCUAGUUUUGUCUGUUUUUGUAUUUUCAAUGUUUGACCGCUAUGAAAUGUUUAUUUCCGUUUAUUUUUCUCCAUUACAGUUUUUCUCAGUCUUAUUAAAGAGGAAGUAUACACCCUGA